UAAUAUUUAUUUGUCGGCACAGGUGUGUCGAAUACAACACAAAUGUGGAAAAAAUAAACAACCAUUUGGAAUAAAAUUUUAUUGAUAUUUAUAAUUUAAAGGAAAUUAGUAAAGAAAUUUAACUAUUUGUGUAGAAAAUACAAAACUUUAAUAAAAUGACUACCGACGUAAGAGAUAUUUUGGACAUGGAACGUCCUAAUACUCCGGAAAUUACAAGGGACUCCUUUCUGUCGACCAAAAAAAGAAACUUUGAAAAGGCAAAAGUGGCUUCCAAACGUCCGGAAGGAAUGCAUCGUGAAGUAUUUGCUUUACUGUAUAAUGACAAUAAAGAUGCUCCUCCCCUACUGCCGACUGAUACAGCAUUAGGUAUUGGCUCAGGCUAUAAGCAAGCAAAAGCACGUUUAGGUAUGAAAAAAGUGCGAAAAUGGGAAUGGGCUCCCUUUGGUAAUCCAGCUAGAACUGAUGGUGCUGUGUUCCAUCAUUGGAAACGCAUCACAGAUGAACCCAAAGAAUAUCCCUUUGCCAAGUUUAACAAACAAUUGGAGAUACCGUGUUAUAGUGUAGCAGAGUACAAUACACAUUUACAAACAAAUCCACAAAAGUGGUCAAAAGAACAAACGGAUCAUUUAUUUGAUUUAGCUAAGCGAUUCGACUUACGCUUCAUUAUUAUGGCCGAUCGUUGGGAUCGUUCACAAUUUGGCAUUAAAAAUGUGGAGGAUUUAAAAGAACGCUAUUACGAAGUGGUCGGCUUGCUGUCAAAAGUUAAGGGAAAUAAUACACAAAACGUUGGUGACAAGAAACCUUUUGUAUUUGAUGUUGAACAUGAACGCCGUCGUAAAGAACAACUCAAAAAGCUUUUUGAACGCACAAGUCAACAAGUAAAAGAAGAACAAAAUCUUAUCAAUGAACUGAGAAAAAUCGAAGCACGCAAGAAGGAACGUGAGCGUAAAACACAAGAUUUACAAAAACUUAUAUCACAAGCUGAUCAGCAAGGUGAUGUUUCCGCCAAUGCUCAAAAUGCUAGAAAGUAUGAAAAGAAAUUGCACAAGAAAAAAUUGCAUCAUCAGCCCAGACCCUCAAAGGUAGAUUCCGUGGUAAACGCCAUUGAGGUGGGCACAAGCGGAAUUAAAUUUUCCGACUUGCGUGGUACUGGUGUAUCGUUAAGAUCCCAAAAAAUGAAAUUACCAGCCAAUAUAGGACAACGUAAAGUUAAGGCCCUAGAACAAGCCAUACAAGAAUUUAAAGUUGAUCCUACACCUCCUCCUUCGGAAGAAAUUUGUAAUGCUUUUAACGAAUUAAGAUCGGACAUGGUUUUACUAUGUGAACUACGCACUGCUUUAUCAACAUGUAUCUAUGAAAUGGAAAGUUUAAAGCAUCAGUAUGAAGCAUCCUGUCCAGGAAAGACACUUAACAUACCUCCUUCUUUGAUACCAAAUGGACUUCAGCUAAAAACGGAAAAUUUUGAAACGAAUUCUACUAGCACUACUUAAAAACUUUUUAGAAAUUUUUAAGAUUAAAUUUUAGUUUCGAUUUUAAGCAACUUUAUUCAAUUACACACGAAUAUCACUUAUUUACUACAAUAUUGGCAUAGCAUAAAAAUAUCCUUUCGAGGAAAACGGC